UCGACUUUUUGACCUGCUCUAGCGUGGUCCGCGUUUUCACAAAAAACGCGAAAAACUGUAUUCUUAUCGUUUUUGCGCGAAUCCGUUGAAGAAUGCACUUCGAAAGCGGCAAAAACAAAAACUGAUUGUUUACCCAACCGGCCUGCACUCUUUUCCGUUAUUUUCCUUUGCUAUCCGUGCUCGCCUCCUCCGUUUUCGCGAGCUGCGAAGAAGUUGGGUGAAAAGCAAAAGUGUGACGACGCAGCAGGCAGCAGCAUCGGAAAGUUAGGCAGCUGCUUUUAGUGGGGUCCCAGCAGCCAGGAUGAGCACCACCACUGACUCGAAGGCGCCGCUGCGCCAGGUGAAGCGCGUACAGUUUGGCAUUUUGUCACCUGAUGAAAUUCGCCGCAUGUCCGUCACCGAAGGUGGCGUCCAGUUUGCCGAGACCAUGGAGGGCGGCCGUCCCAAGCUGGGUGGCCUCAUGGAUCCCCGUCAGGGUGUCAUUGACAGGACCUCACGAUGUCAGACCUGUGCCGGCAACAUGACCGAAUGCCCCGGCCAUUUUGGACACAUUGACCUAGCCAAACCGGUCUUCCACAUUGGGUUCGUCACCAAGACCAUCAAGAUCCUGCGCUGCGUAUGCUUCUACUGCUCCAAAAUGCUGGUCUCACCGCAAAAUCCCAAAAUCAAGGAGAUUAUGCUCAAGUCAAAGGGACAGCCGCGCAAACGUUUGGCCUAUGUCUACGAUUUGUGCAAGGGCAAGACCAUUUGCGAGGGUGGUGAGGAUAUGGACUUGACCAAGGACAACCAGGCGCCGGAUCCCAACAAGAAACCCGGUCAUGGCGGUUGCGGUCACUAUCAGCCGUCCAUCCGGAGAACAGGCUUGGAUCUAACCGCCGAAUGGAAGCAUGCCAACGAAGAUUCGCAGGAGAAGAAGAUUGUGGUGUCGGCGGAGCGCGUAUGGGAGAUUCUUAAGCACAUCACCGACGAGGAAUGCAUACUCCUGGGCAUGGAUCCUAAAUUUGCCCGCCCCGAUUGGAUGAUUGUCACCGUGUUGCCUGUACCCCCGCUGGCUGUACGUCCAGCGGUUGUGAUGUUCGGAGCGGCUAAGAAUCAGGAUGAUUUGACCCACAAGCUAUCGGAUAUUAUCAAGGCCAACAAUGAGUUGCGUAAGAAUGAGGCCAGUGGUGCGGCGGCGCAUGUGAUCCAGGAGAAUAUCAAAAUGCUGCAAUUCCAUGUGGCCACAUUGGUGGACAACGAUAUGCCCGGCAUGCCCAGGGCCAUGCAAAAGUCCGGCAAACCCUUAAAGGCCAUCAAGGCGCGCCUAAAGGGUAAAGAGGGUAGAAUUCGUGGCAAUUUGAUGGGCAAACGUGUUGAUUUCUCGGCGCGUACUGUCAUCACACCGGAUCCCAAUUUGCGUAUCGAUCAGGUCGGUGUACCGCGCUCCAUUGCCCAGAAUCUAACCUUUCCCGAGCUGGUCACUCCGUUCAAUAUUGAUCGCAUGCAGGAGCUGGUGCGUCGCGGUAAUUCGCAAUAUCCGGGAGCCAAGUACAUUGUGCGGGACAAUGGCGAGCGUAUUGAUUUGCGUUUUCAUCCCAAAUCAUCGGAUUUGCAUCUUCAAUGUGGUUACAAAGUGGAACGGCAUUUGCGUGACGACGAUCUGGUGAUCUUCAAUCGUCAACCGACGCUCCAUAAGAUGAGUAUGAUGGGUCACAGGGUGAAGGUAUUGCCCUGGUCCACCUUUCGCAUGAAUCUCUCGUGUACAUCGCCCUACAAUGCUGAUUUCGAUGGUGACGAGAUGAAUCUUCAUGUUCCCCAGUCCAUGGAGACGCGUGCCGAGGUGGAGAAUAUACACAUAACCCCCAGACAGAUUAUAACGCCGCAGGCCAACAAACCCGUCAUGGGCAUUGUCCAGGACACACUGACUGCGGUGCGUAAGAUGACCAAACGUGAUGUCUUUAUAACCCGCGAACAGAUGAUGAAUCUACUGAUGUUCCUGCCCACCUGGGAUGGCAAAAUGCCGCAGCCAUGCAUCCUAAAACCACGUCCCUUGUGGACCGGCAAGCAGAUCUUCUCGCUGAUUAUACCCGGCAAUGUGAACAUGAUUAGGACACACUCGACGCAUCCCGACGAGGAGGACGAUGGUCCCUACAAAUGGAUAUCGCCCGGUGACACCAAGGUAAUGGUGGAGCAUGGUGAACUUAUAAUGGGUAUUCUGUGCAAAAAGACAUUGGGCACAUCGGCUGGCUCCCUGUUGCAUAUUUGUUUCCUAGAAUUGGGACACGAGAUUGCGGGCAGAUUCUAUGGCAACAUUCAAACGGUGAUCAAUAAUUGGCUACUCCUGGAGGGACAUAGUAUAGGCAUUGGUGACACCAUUGCCGAUCCCCAGACCUACAAUGAAAUCCAAAUGGCCAUCAAAAAGGCCAAGGAUGAUGUCAUCAAUGUUAUCCAAAAGGCGCACAACAUGGAGCUGGAGCCAACGCCGGGCAAUACCCUACGUCAGACCUUUGAGAACAAGGUGAAUCGUAUUUUGAACGAUGCUCGUGACAAGACCGGUGGCUCUGCCAAGAAAUCCCUUACCGAGUACAACAAUCUAAAGGCCAUGGUGGUGUCCGGUUCCAAGGGUUCCAACAUUAACAUCUCCCAGGUUAUUGCCUGUGUGGGCCAGCAGAAUGUGGAGGGUAAACGUAUACCCUAUGGAUUCCGUAAGCGCACAUUGCCGCAUUUCAUCAAGGAUGAUUAUGGUCCCGAGUCGCGUGGUUUUGUGGAGAAUUCCUAUCUGGCCGGUUUGACACCCUCUGAGUUCUAUUUCCAUGCCAUGGGAGGUCGUGAGGGUCUUAUUGAUACCGCCGUUAAGACAGCCGAAACUGGUUAUAUUCAGCGACGUCUCAUCAAGGCCAUGGAGUCGGUAAUGGUGAACUAUGAUGGCACAGUGCGUAACUCGGUGGGUCAACUCAUCCAGUUGCGUUACGGCGAGGAUGGUCUAUGCGGUGAGUUGGUGGAAUUCCAGAAUUUGCCCACCGUAAAGCUCUCCAACAAGGCCUUUGAGAAGCGUUUCAAGUUUGACUGGAGCAAUGAGCGUUACAUGCGGAAGGUUUUCAAUGAUGAUGUGAUCAAGGAGGUCACCGAUAGCAGCGAGGCCAUCCAGGAAUUGGAGGCUGAAUGGGAUCACCUGGUCUCCGAUCGUGACAGUUUGCGACAGAUCUUUCCCAAUGGCGAUUCCAAGGUGGUCUUGCCCUGCAAUCUUCAGCGUAUGAUCUGGAAUGUUCAGAAGAUCUUUCAUAUCAAUAAACGUUUACCCACGGAUCUGUCACCCAUGCGGGUGAUCAAUGGCGUCAAGGGUUUGCUAGAGCGUUGCGUUAUUGUGACGGGCAAUGAUCGCAUAUCGAAGCAGGCCAAUGAAAAUGCCACCUUGCUCUUCCAAUGCCUCAUCAGAUCCACACUCUGCACGAAGUAUGUGUCCGAGGAGUUCCGUUUAUCCGCCGAGGCCUUUGAGUGGUUAAUUGGUGAAAUUGAAACCCGAUUCCAGCAGGCUCAGGCAAAUCCCGGCGAGAUGGUUGGUGCCUUGGCUGCCCAAAGUUUGGGUGAGCCUGCCACUCAGAUGACCCUAAACACUUUCCAUUUUGCUGGUGUCUCCUCAAAGAACGUAACCCUGGGUGUGCCCCGACUCAAGGAGAUUAUUAAUAUCUCCAAGAAGCCCAAGGCUCCCUCACUCACAGUCUUUCUUACCGGCGGCGCUGCACGUGAUGCGGAAAAGGCCAAGAAUGUGUUGUGCCGAUUAGAGCAUACCACAUUGCGUAAGGUCACUGCAAAUACGGCCAUUUACUAUGAUCCAGAUCCCCAGAGAACGGUGAUAUCCGAGGAUCAGGAGUUUGUUAAUGUUUACUACGAAAUGCCCGACUUUGAUCCCACACGCAUCUCACCCUGGUUGCUCCGCAUCGAACUGGAUCGCAAGAGGAUGACAGACAAGAAGCUAACCAUGGAGCAAAUUGCUGAGAAGAUCAAUGUGGGCUUUGGUGAGGAUCUCAAUUGUAUCUUCAAUGAUGACAAUGCCGAUAAGCUGGUGCUGCGAAUCAGGAUCAUGAAUAACGAGGAGAACAAGUUCCAGGAUGAGGAUGAGGCUGUGGAUAAGAUGGAGGAUGAUAUGUUCCUGCGCUGCAUCGAAGCCAACAUGCUGUCGGAUAUGACGCUCCAGGGCAUCGAGGCCAUUGGCAAGGUGUAUAUGCAUCUCCCGCAAACAGACAGCAAAAAGCGUAUUGUUAUCACGGAAACGGGAGAGUUCAAGGCCAUUGGCGAGUGGCUCCUCGAAACAGACGGCACAUCGAUGAUGAAGGUGCUCUCCGAGCGGGAUGUUGACCCUAUACGCACCUCCUCCAACGACAUUUGUGAGAUCUUCCAGGUGCUGGGCAUCGAGGCGGUGCGCAAAUCCGUGGAGAAGGAAAUGAAUGCCGUUUUGCAGUUUUAUGGUCUUUACGUGAACUACCGACACUUGGCCUUGUUGUGUGACGUGAUGACCGCCAAGGGUCACUUGAUGGCCAUCACCCGUCAUGGCAUCAAUAGGCAGGAUACCGGUGCCCUUAUGCGUUGCUCCUUCGAGGAAACAGUGGAUGUCCUUAUGGAUGCCGCUGCCCAUGCCGAAACGGAUCCCAUGAGGGGCGUCUCCGAGAAUAUUAUUAUGGGACAGUUGCCGAAAAUGGGUACCGGAUGCUUUGACCUGCUACUGGAUGCCGAAAAGUGCCGAUUUGGCAUUGAGAUACCCAAUACCUUGGGCAGCAGUAUGCUGGGCGGUGCAGCCAUGUUCAUUGGUGGUGGCUCCACGCCAAGCAUGACGCCGCCCAUGACGCCGUGGGUUAACUGCAAUACGCCGCGUUACUUCUCGCCGCCAGGUCAUGUGAGUGCCAUGACCCCAGGUGGACCCAGUUUCUCGCCCUCGGCAGCCUCGGAUGCAUCUGGUAUGUCACCCAGUUGGUCACCAGCUCAUCCGGGCUCCUCGCCCAGCUCACCGGGACCCUCGAUGUCACCCUAUUUCCCGGCCUCGCCCAGUGUAUCGCCAUCGUAUUCGCCCACAAGUCCCAACUAUACGGCCUCAUCGCCGGGAGGUGCUUCACCGAAUUACUCGCCCUCCAGUCCCAAUUAUUCGCCAACAUCGCCGCUAUAUGCAUCGGCAAGUCCACGUUAUGCCUCAACCACACCGAACUUUAAUCCACAGUCGACGGGUUAUUCGCCUUCAUCAUCGGGAUAUUCGCCAACGUCACCGGUUUACUCGCCCACAUCCAAUUUCCAGUCGAGUCCCUCGUUUGCCGGCAGCGGCAGCAAUAUGUACUCGCCGGGCAAUGCCUAUUCACCCAGCUCGUCCAAUUAUUCACCCAAUUCACCUUCCUAUUCGCCAACAUCGCCAUCGUAUUCGCCUUCGAGUCCCUCGUACUCGCCGACGUCACCAUGUUAUUCGCCAACGUCGCCCUCGUAUUCACCAACGAGUCCAAAUUAUACGCCUGUGACUCCAUCUUAUUCGCCGACGAGUCCAAAUUAUUCAGCAUCGCCACAUUAUUCACCAGCCUCGCCGGCCUACUCGCAGACGGGUGUAAAGUACUCGCCCACAUCACCGACAUACUCGCCGCCAUCACCCUCGUACGAUGGGUCACCAGGAUCACCGCAAUAUACGCCCGGUUCACCGCAGUACUCGCCGGCUUCGCCUAAAUAUUCACCCACGUCACCGCUGUACUCGCCCAGUUCGCCGCAGCACUCGCCGUCGAAUCAGUAUAGUCCCACUGGGUCGACAUACUCGGCGACAAGUCCGCGUUAUUCGCCCAACAUGUCCAUUUACUCGCCCAGCAGCACCAAGUACUCGCCGACAUCGCCAACGUAUACGCCAACGGCACGCAACUAUUCGCCCACAUCGCCGAUGUACUCGCCGACGGCGCCAUCGCAUUACAGUCCCACAAGUCCGGCGUACUCGCCCAGUAGUCCCACGUUUGAGGAGAGUGACGACUAAGAAGGGAUCAUGAGACUAACGAGUAAAUAGUGAAAGAGAGUAACGAGUUAAUAGUGAAAGAGAGUGACGAUUGAGGAAACUAACAAGUUAGUAGUGAAGGAGAGUAAAUGAAGGCAUGUAGUGGGUGAGUUAAAACCUUAGAUUAUUCGCUACUUUCAGGGUUAAACGUUUUUAUUUAAAAAUUUCAAAGUUUGAGAACUUAACAGGAUCCUUGACCAACACACUGACGAUUACUUUAAGAUUUCCUAGAUUUUUUGCAUUCGCCACAGUUGAAACUAAAGAAUUAUAAAUACGAAAUUAUUGAUGUUUCUUAAUUUGUAUUUUAUUUUAAUUUUUGUAAAGCUGCAAAACACCAUAAUAUUUAAGUUUAAAGCGAAAAAAAAGAGAGAAUUAUGAAUAAACCCACUACUAUAGGUAA